AUGACUGAGGUUAUGCAAAUGCCUAAUGUCUAUCGUUUCCACCACGAAAACAAGGUACGUAAAAAUACAUUACAGCCUCAUCCACGACGAGAGUCAGAUCAAUGUGCAGAGUAUUUUGUAAUUAGUGAAACAAAACAGUUAAAUACUCAUGGCGAUCGUACAAGCUCGGAUGCUCGAUAUAAGUCAGACCAAUCUUCAUCACCAUCAACAACAAACUGUUGGCUCUCUUCACCAUCCACAUUAUUUUCGAAUACAUUACAUACCAUUGCACGAACAAUUCAUUCUUUAAAAGCCAGCAAUAAUACAACAGAAACCAGCAAUAACAAUCAUCAACCAUCGCCUCCUCGACAGCAUCAACAAAGUCCAUCAGAUCUUAUUAUUGCAUCCAUUAAAGAUGAAAUAAACAAAUCACAGUUAAUUCUUCUGGGAAAAAUUUCACAACUUGAAUUAGAUAACAAAGUUUUCCGAUAUCACCAAGUCCAAAUUGAAGAAAAAAUAGAAGAACAAGUUUUACCACAAGUAAAGAUACUUUCUGAUUUACUUACUUCAAUCUGUACAUCAUUAUCUCAGUCCAAUAUAUUAGUAAUGAACGAGCAACAACGCACACAACUGACAAUCAUCAAUCAGAAUAUACAAUCAAAGGACACACCUAUAACACAAAUCACACGGACACAACAAACUUCCUUGCCACCACUAUCAACACACUCACCACUUACUCUCCGAUUCGAUACAAAGCCGCCGGUCACUGAUGAGACAGACUACAACAAAAUGUGUGAAGAUCAUCAAUCUGAAUUGUGUUUUAGAGAGGAGGGACAAGCAUCUGCGGAUUUUCAUACAUCACGUUUAGAAACAAUAAAUAAUAUGGCUGGUGAAGAGAACCAACAGUUUGUUGUUGAUGGUGAUGAAGGUUGGUUUUGA